AUGGAGGCAGUCCAGAGGAUCAUUCAAGCUCCUAUUGAAGUCCUCAAAUCUACCAUGGCAAACGAUACUUCCUUUGCGGCACAUGUCGCCCACCAGUUCAAUUCAUACGAGCAGGACCGCCAGAUGGACUCCAAGCAAACCAUCUACGCCACCAGCAAUGGUGUACCCGUGGCUCAUCCCUAUGAAGCUCAACGAGCGGGCGAGAGUGGCCCCCUCCUCCUCCAAGACUUCCACCUAAUCGACCUCAUUUCCCACUUCGACAGAGAGCGGAUCCCAGAGCGUGUUGUCCAUGCAAAGGGCAGCGGUGCCCACGGUUUCUUCGAGUGUACCAACCCUGCCGAUGACCUGACGUGCCUCGACAUUUGGAGCACCAAAGGCAAGAAAUGCCCAGUCACCGUCCGAUUCUCUACCGUCGGUGGCGAGGCUGGCUCGCAUGAUUGUGCCCGAGACCCUCGAGGCUUCGCAGUCAAAUUCAGGACUGAAGAGGGUAACUGGGACUUGGUCGCCAACAAUACUCCGGUCUUUUUCUUGAGAGACCCCGCCAAAUUCCCUCAUUUCAUCCAUACGCAAAAGAGACAUCCCUCCACGCAUUUGACCCACGCCGACGACUCAACCAUGUUCUGGGACUAUCUAUCAAACAAUCCCGAGAGCGUUCAUCAGGUUAUGAUCCUGAUGAGUGACCGGGGUAUCCCUGAUGGUCUUCGCUUCAUGCACGGCUAUUCCGGCCACUCUCUGAAGCUCGUGAAAAAGAACGGCGACUGGGUCUAUUGCCAGAUUCAUAUGAAGUCUAUGCAGGGCACGAAGUUCCUGACCCAGGAAGAGUCUGCCACCAAGUCUCCAGAUCACUCCCAGAAGGAUCUAUACGAGGCCAUCCAACGUGGCGACUACCCUAAGUGGUCAGUGGAGAUCCAAACCAUGACUCCCAAGCAGGCCGAAGAGGUCUGGGCGAAGCAAGGCAUCAAUGUCUUUGACUUAACCCACGUGUGGCCUCAGAAACAAUUCCCCUUGCGUAAAGUGGGCGAGUUUACACUGAACGAGAAUUGCGUCAAUUACUUUGCCGAAGUCGAGCAGGCGGCAUUCAGCCCUUCCCACAUGCCUCCCGGUAUCGAACCUUCGGCCGAUCCAGUCUUGCAAUCCCGUCUCUUCUCAUACCCAGACACUCACCGCCACCGUGUGGGUGCAAACUACCAACAACUCCCCAUCAACACUGCCCGCACAGCCUACAAAUACGGAAACUUCCAACGAGAUGGCCCCAUGGCAUUCUACAAUCAAGGUGGUCGUAUGAAUUAUCUCUCUUCCAUCGACCCCAUCCAAUUCCGCGAACGAAGCGUCGAUUACGAUAAGACUCAUGGUCAUUUCCAAGGCCAUGCCAUCUCCUUCCUUUCUCAGAUCCGACCCGAAGACUUCAACGGCCCACGCGCCCUAUGGGAGAAAGUUUUCGAUGAGCCUGCACGACAACGUUUCAUUAACAAUGUUACUGGCAAGAUGGAAGUUUGCCCGAACAAAGAGAUCUUGAAGAGGCAGAUUGCCAUCUUCCGUGAAGUCAGCGAGGACCUUGCUCAGCGACUAGAGAAAUCGACAGGCAUUAAAGGUUAUGAUGGGAUCAAAAACAUGAAGUUUAAUGGUACUCAUAAUGGCAUGAGUUCAGAUCCUGCGAUCAAGCAAGCCAACGGUGUCAAACCGACCACGUUUAGCAACGACACCAAUGGAGCACCGACCAAGGGUUCACACAACAGUAUCCCGAAUGUUGCAUAGAGGAUCUAAGUAUUGAGAGAACGAGAGUGUGCUGGCAGGGAUGAUACACAAAAGGAUGAAAUACCCGUCAUGGUAAGGUGUAUUACCAAGAUGUCAUCUUGGCCUUGACAAAAAUUAGAGAGUAUUCAAACUCCGUC